CUGCCCCCCCCCCCCCCCCAACCCCUACCCAAACAUCCGGUUCUAAUUUCCCAGAUCCGAUUUCAUUCCACCAAAAUUGUUUAGUAGAACUCUAGAAGCAUCAGCAUCAAAUAUUCGUAUUCAAAUCUGAUAUCUUGGCAAAGACAAGUUGGCUUCCAACGGAGGAACUGCCAAAUUGUACAUAAAUUUGGCCAAGUCGCUCCCUCCUGUUGAUGUUGGUUUGGUUGGUCUGUCAUAGAAUAAACAAUCUUCCUUUCGUCCUUCCACUCCACUACUUGCUUGCAUAAACUUGAAUGAGUGGCAGUAGUUUUGCAGAGAGCAAGCAGAGUUCAAGCUUCAGAUUUUGAUCUGUAUAUUGCGCAUUUGUGCAAGUGACUGAAGGACGAACCAAAGAUAGGAAGUAUCCAUGGGUAAUGUUUUGACUUUGACGGUCUUGGCUUUCGGUUAAGACGGGGGGCCUGAUCCCCUUAACCUCUAAAAAAAAGUAUCCAUGGGUUGUGGGGCAUCGAAAUGGAGGGAUCCUGGUGUACACCAGAGAAGUCUGUCAAGUGUCGGCGAUGUGGUUGUCUUCCUUCCGGGUCUCCGGGUACCAAGAAACAUAGACUUCUCAAGAACACUCGGUGAUCACCUGGAUAAAAGCGUAGUGGAGAGGCUGACAGCUCUGAGGGAAAGAGUUGUGGUAAUGGCAACGCAGGAAUCAGCAACUGCCCUGAAGCCAAGGCGAAGGGUUGCGACGCGGCAUGUCUUUGGUUUUCAGGAGGGUCCAGCACUGCUAAUCUCCUCCAGGCUCUAGAAGAGUACUUGCCAGCUCUGAUAGGACUAGCAAAAGAAGGGAGUGAGCUGAGAAACAAAGUACAGUUUGUAUGGGCUAACCAAGAAGAUAUGGCUGAGGAGACAUCCAUGGCAGAUCCUUGGUACGAGGUGCUGUCCGUGCUGCAUUUGAUGGCCAUGGUGUGCUUCGUGCAGGCUAACACCCUCCUCCUUCCCAGGUCCUAUGCUGACGGUCACGGACCGAGAGUUUCUGAAGAGAGCAGGCAAGCCACUGUUGAUCUCUUCUUGAAGGCAGCUGGAUAUUUGGACUGUGCAAUUCAUCAUGUACUUAUACAUAUUCCACCUGAAAGAAGAAGAGAACUUCCAGUAGAUCUAGCUGAGGACAAUCUUAAAGCACUUAGCUUGCAAGGUCUUAGUCAGGGGGUAGAUAUGCAACUUGGACUGGCAAUCGAUAACCCAAAGGCAACAUUAGCAGUAAAAAGACGCUUAGCUUGUGAGAUGACCAAAUGCUGGAAACAGGUAAAAGAUAGCAUCCCAGAACUUCCUUUGUCAGAUGGAUGGGGGAAAAAGCAUGCACUAUUUGUAAAGUGGAAAUAUGUCGAAGCGAAAGCUGCUGCUUACUACUUCCAUGGAUUCAUUCUUGAUGAGGGAGAGACUGAGAAAGCCCAAGAGAUGGCCAUAGCUUCUCUACAGGCAUCAGAAGAGUUCCUCAAUGAGAGCAAAAGAGCUUCUGAGGCCUUCCACACUGCUCCUCCAGCAUCAAGAAGCCCAGCUCCUUUUGGAACAACCAAAUAUCUCUUGGACAUGAUCUCAAAAGAUGUACAAAGCAAGGUCCAGAGCUACCAGGACCUGUACACACAACAAGGAGCGUCGAACAUAGGAGUCAGCAAGAUCAUCGCAACACCACCUCCAUUGCCAGAUUUUCCAUUGGCCCUGAGCCCUGAAGACUAUGAGCUCCCACAAUUAGAUCCGCUGUGGAAGGGAGCUAACCAAAGAUAAAGUUCAUUGCCAACCUCAGGCCUGUUAGAAAGCUUGUUCUGAAAAGAACUGAACUCAAGGCCUGCUGAUAAAACAACAAAAGUUCUGGACAUUGCAGAAGACUAGUACUAACAAAACCAAGGUGAUUUUGGGAAGAGGAAAUUGCUCUUAUACCAGUGACCAGUUCAAAUGAAUUUGUUAUCUAGUAUAGUUCAAUUGUAACCUCAAGAACAUUUAGUCAGAAGACCUUACGAAAAGAUAAUUCAAAUGCUUUCCAUCAUUUUGGUGCUUAACUAAAA